AUGUCAGACCCAUACAACCAGUACCCUCCAAAUUACGGCCAGGGUUACCCGCCACAGGGACCCCCGCAGGGUUACGGCCACCAGGAAUAUCCACCUCCACAACCUCAGUACGGCGACGCACCUCAAGGCUAUGGCCCACCUCAGAGAGUGAACUCAUUCGGCCCUCCUCAACAAGGAGGAUUCCAGCACGGACAGCAAGGUGGCCAAUACGGUCAAUACGAUGCCAAUCCUCGCUACGGUUCCGCACCUCAAUACGGCCAGCCACAGUACGGCCAAGAGGGUCACCAGCAACAGCAACAGGGCUACGGCCAAGAGGGUCGUGACCCCAACGCUCCUUACGACCCCAACGCACCACAGGGCGAAGAAGGCGAGCGUGGCAUAAUGGGUGCUAUUGGCGGUGGACUAGCAGGUCGUUAUGCCGGCAAGCAGAUGGGAGGACAUAGUUUCUUGGGUAUGAUUGGCGGAGCGAUUGCGGGGAGCAAGUUGGAGGAUGCAGCGAAGGAAAAGUGGGGAGGAGGUGGAUCUCAAGGUGGAGGGCAUCAUAACCAUCACCAUGGCAGUCAGGGAGGAGGCAGCCAAUAUGGUGGGAGCAACUUCGGCGGAGGAGGUGGGCGGUGGUAA